AGGGCAACCCGGAAGUGACCGAAGGCUGGCAGAGUCUCUUCCAGGAUCCUCUCUGGUCGCCAGGGAAACAGCCGGAGGGGGGCGGGAUAACAGGAGGCACAUGCUGGAGUCUGCAUCUCCGGGAGCACAGAGCCCACAGGUUGUGAAAUCGUUCGCGUAAUGAGUAAAAGGAAGAGUAAGGAGAAAGCGCUCCCUAUCGGAGAAUGUAUUUCCCAGGUUCAUGCCGUUCUGCGACUGAGAUUUCUUCAACAAAGCCACGACGGAAAGAAAUUCGGGGUGGAAUCUCAGCAUAAGCACUUAGUGGAGCUUCUGAAGAGAACAGUGAUUCACGGGGAGAGUAACUCUGCUGUGAUUAUUGGUCCCGUGGGAUCCGGCAAGAGCAUGUUAUUAAAAGAUGCCUUACAAGAGAUCCUGAAGAUCGGUCAAAUAAAGGAGAACGCGCUGCAAGUUCAUCUCAAUGGUCUGUUACAAACGAACGAUAAAAUAGCUCUUAAGGAAAUCACCAGACAGCUGAACUUAGAAAACGUAGUUGGGGACAGAGUAUUUGGAAGCUUUGCGGAAAACCUUGCGUUCCUUCUCGAAGCCUUAAAAAAAGGUGAUCGUACGCGGAGCUGUCCGGUGCUGUUUAUAUUGGAUGAGUUUGACCUAUUUGCCAGUCACAAGAACCAGACUCUGCUUUAUAACCUCUUUGAUAUUGCGCAAUCGGCACAGACCCCCGUGGCCGUCAUCGGACUCACCUGCCGACUGGACGUCAUGGAGCUGCUCGAGAAGAGAGUGAAGUCGAGGUUUUCUCACCGGCAGAUCCACUUGCUGAACUCCUUCAAGUUUUCCCAAUAUUUAGAACUAUUUCAGGAUCAGCUUUCUCUGCCUUCCGAUUUCCCCGACACGCAGUUUGCAGAGAGCUGGAAUAAAAACAUAGAGAGUCUACUAGAAAACAAAACCGUGGAAGAGGUCCUUCAAAAACAGUUCAACGCUACAAAAGAUGUGCGAUCGCUGCAUAUGCUCUUGUUGCUCGCCUUGUGUCGUAUAAACGUAUCUCAUCCUCAUCUGAACGCGGCAGACUUUCUGGAGGCUUUUAGACUUCGAAGAAUGGACUCCAAAGCAAAUAUUUUGCACGGUCUGUCUGUUCUAGAACUGUGCCUAAUCAUAGCCAUGAAACACUUGCAAGACAUUUACGACGGAGAACCGUUUAAUUUCCAGAUGGUCCACAAUGAAUUCCAGAAGUUCAUCCAGAGGAAGGCUCAUUCUGUCUAUAACUUUGAGAAACCUGUUAUACUGAAGGCGUUUGAACAUUUGCAGCAGCUGGAGUUGAUAAAACCAAUGGAGGGUUUGUCUGUGCGUUCCCAGAAAGAAUACAGACUCAUGAAGCUGCUUCUAGACAACAGCCAAGUCACUGAGGCGCUCCAGAGGUACCCCAAUUGCCCCACAGAUGUGAAGCAAUGGGCAGUAUCAGCACUAGAAUGAUGAAAUCUUAAUUUCCUAGAAUAGUUUCAUGAUGAAAAAUAUACUUUCAGUGAUAAUGCUCUUUAUAUUUAAAGUAUUUUUCUAAAUAAAAUGACCAAAGCCUUUUGUUACUA